AUGUCUUUUGAUUCUAUCCAUGCUUUCAAGGCCUCGCCCGGCGUGAUCAAGAUCGCGCCGUGGCAGGCUUUCGACAAGCUUUGGAUGUCCGUUACGGGAUAUCAUGCAAACGAGUUCAAGUUCAAGGAGGGAGUCACUCCGAUGUCGACCGUUACCGAGACUAUGGGCAUGAUUGCUCUGUAUCUCGUUGUCGUCUUCGGAGGCCGCGAGUUCAUGCGCAACCGCGAGCCGCUGAAGUUGAACGGUCUGUUCAAGGCUCACAACCUGUUCUUAACGCUACUGAGCGGUGGCCUUCUAGUUCUCUUCAUCGAGCAACUAGCCCCGACUAUCUGGAAGCAUGGCCUCUACUCGAACAUCUGCGGUGCAGAUGGCUGGACUGACGAACUUGUAACCCUCUACUAUCUAAAUUAUAUCACCAAAUAUAUCGAGCUUAUUGACACUGUCUUUUUGAUGGUCAAGAAGAAGCCUCUUACCUUCCUUCACACUUACCACCAUCCGGCAACGGCGUUGUUGUGCUACACUCAACUGCUCGGUAACACGUCGGUCUCAUGGGUCCCGAUUACUCUGAACCUCACUGUGCACGUCGUGAUGUACUGGUACUACUUCCAAAGCGCACGGGGUGUCAAGGUUUGGUGGAAGGAGUGGAUUACCCGAAUGCAGAUUGGCCAGUUCAUUCUCGACCUUGGGUUUGUUUAUUUCGCAUCGUGGGACUACUUUGCUAGUGCUCAUGCUCCGUAUCUGCCGCAUUUAGGGCGAUGCGCGGGUAAGCCUUUCGCAGCUGUCUGUGGAUGCCUGAUCUUGAGCUCGUAUUUAGUGCUCUUUAUCAUGUUCUACAUCGCCACAUACAGGAAGGCAUCUACUCGCAGGACCAAUAAGAAGUCAGAUAAGCACGCGGUCUCAUCGAUGAAGCAGAGCGCGGCCAUGGUGGCCGACAGCUGCAGCGGAGUGGAACAUAUGAACAGCUCGAUAGUUUCCAGAAAGUGA